UCACUCCUGAUUGGCUCAAACCGUACCUUGCUGCCUGCCGUCAUCAUUGUGCGUCCCUUUAUGCUUCAGCAUGAAUUACAGUCGGUAGUGAAGUCAGUGAAAAUGGCGAGCUGGUGUGUGCGAGCAGUGAGACAGAGCUACUCAAUUGUAUCUUCACCUGCGCUAAUAAGAGCUUCUCCACGAUUGUUAUGCACAGCCACCCAGCAGAAGAACGGCCACAGGUCAGAGGAGGAGGCUGAGAAGCCGGAGCAGAGUGCAGCAGAGACCCAGCUGGAGGAACAGCUCAAAGACAUGACAGAAAAGUACAAGCGGGCCUUAGCAGACAUGGAGAACCUCAGGACGAGGAGUCAGAAGAUGAUUGAAGAUGCAAAACUAUACGGGAUCCAGGGCUUCUGUAAGGACCUGCUUGAAGUGGCCGACAUCUUAGAGAAGGCCACCGAGAGCGUGCCCAAGGAGGAGGUGACGAGUCAGAACCCUCACCUGAAGAACCUGUACGACGGCCUGGUGAUGACCGAGGUCCAGAUCCAGAAGGUCUUCACCAAGCAUGGCCUGGUCAAGCUCAACCCCGAUGGGCAGAAGUUUGACCCCUACGAGCAUGAGGCCCUUUUCCACGCCCCAGUGGAGGGCAAGGAGCCUGGCACCGUUGCCGUAGUAACCAAAGUGGGCUACAAGCUUCAUGGUCGAACCCUCAGGCCAGCAUUGGUGGGCGUGGCCAAAGCCUCUUAGAAGUGAUGAUGUAACUGUGAUAAAGUGGGAUCAGCUUUGUUGCCUGAGUGAUGGAUGAGCUCAGGUAAAGCACACUGGUCCAGGCUCAAAGAAACAGGAACCAACUGAACUGAACUUUAUAUCCGGACAAUAUCCACCAGUUUUUAACAGGCACAUUUACUCACUUGAUGGUGUUUUUUUGCUGUCCCCUUCCAGGCAGCUUACCCUAAACAUAACCAUUGCC